AUGGGUCGCGCAUGUUUGUUUGCUUGCUAUGCUGGCCUAAUUGGAAACCUCACAGCUUCAGAGUUCUCAACAGCGCUCUCGAUUCGCUCGGCUGCAGCAGGCUCUCAAGAAAAUCGUCUUCAUUCAAAAUUGCUUGUGUCUGUUGAGCAGACGCCGCCCACGGCCGAAGAUAAAACUGAUGAAUGCCUGGCCGUCAUAAACUCCAUCAGAACAGAAGACCUCAAAGAUCUGUUAGAAGCCCUCACCAAAGCGAAAGAUAAUGAGGUGACCGAAAGCUUCAAUAAAAUCCAAGAGAGGAAUCUGGAAAAUCCCACUGCCAUAAAAAUUGCAGAAAAGCUUGCGGGUGAAGAUGCAGCUACAUGUAACUCAGCGGAAAGUGCAAAUGCGGAAACGUAUCCUGGACUCGUAAUCCCAUUUGCACACAAUACGAAGUUUGACUGCGACGCUUUCAUCCGGGCUACUUAUAGAGCUGGACUCAGCUACCUCCAACAGUCCAGCUUCGACCCGUCAACAGGCAAAUACGACGUUACACAGGCUCCAUUUAGUAAUGUAGCGGCCAGCAAUGUCGCGAUUUUACUGUCGACCAAAAGCACAAAGGUUUCUUGUGCCGCCACCAAAAACUGUGCAGCAGGCAACAAUAUCUUGUUCUGCUACUUCAUAGAGCCGCUCCUAACUGGGGAUACGCCAUUCACAACUGAGCUUUACAAUGCUCUCUGGGAAGUGGAGUCGAGCGCAGCGCCUACAUCUGUUCCCAGUGUUGUCACCAUUCUUUUGUCCCACGCCGCUCUUUUGUCCUUCAGUUUGAUCCUUCUGAGAUAG